UCUUUGGGCUUCUUGUUUGUGAGACGCACAGAGAAUUAUGCUACAUGCAAAAGCAUAAAGCAUAAGCUUCUUCCUCUUUUUUAUUUUUCCCGAAGCUGAAAGAAAACUCCAGGAAAAAUGGCAUCAUCGUCGCACCUCAACUGGCUUAUUGUGCGCAAUUGCAACGCAUACUUGCUAAAGAAGCGCGACAUCCCAAAACCCUUCAGCACAGAGCGCAACAACCUGACCAACCUCAGUUCAUUCAGAUACAGUGGUUUGGUGCACCAUAAGACCUUGGCUGUGUUGCCGGCUGACAAGAAGGGCUUCACUGUGGUGUACAAGAAGAAGAACUGCGAGAACAAGCCAGCCAAGAGUUCCGUGAAGGUGACCAUGAAGUCCGGACCCCGGAGGUCACUGUACAAGCUCAAGAAGACGCUUAAGGCACAGCGAUACAGGAAGGAUCUCACCAAGGCUGCCCUGAGACGUGCCAGUGCUGUCCUCCGAUCCCAGAAGCCCACAAAUCCCAAGAAGGCAAAGAAAACCAAGAAGCCCGAGUGAAUGUAGUGUCCUUUCCGUGGAUUCACAAUAAAAGUCACUCACAGUAAAUAAA